AUGUCUUGGUUUCGAGCCGCUUCUGAGAUCCCGAUCCCCGGAGACCAGGACGUGUUUGAUGAGGAAGCAGCGGACGAGUCUCUGUUAGUGCAGUGGGAAUGGCAGGGUCACAUGCGGAAACGAGUCCAAGAAGGUUACAGAGACGGGAUAGAUGCUGGCAAAGCAGUUACUCUUCAACAGGGCUUCAAUCAAGGGUAUAAAGAGGGUGCAGACGUCAUUAUAAACUAUGGACUACUCAGGGGAACACUGAGUGCUUUGCUUUCCUGGUGUCACCUUCAUGGUAAUAGUUCGACUUUGAUCAGUAAGAUAAAUAAUCUUCUGGAUGCAGUUGGCCAAUGUGAAGAGUAUAUACUCAAACAUCUGAAAUCAGUUACGUCCCAGCCACGAGUUACAGAUUUAUUGGACUCCAUUGAGGAUAUGGACCUUUGUCAUGUAGUUCCAGCUGAGAGAAAGGCUGGUGAAGUGAAAGGUGACAAUAAUGCUGAAAUUAACACAGAUUCUGACAAGAGUCCAAAUGGGAUGGAUUGUUCACAUCCAGAAUGUUGUAGAACACAAGAGCAAGCACAGUUGGAAAAGCCAAGCCUUACUUGGAUUCUGGAACAGACAGCCAAUUUAGUGAAACAGCUAGGAGUGUCUGUAGACAUACUACAGCAACUGAGACAAUUAUAA